AUUUGUAAACAUCAAAAUUACGAGACUUCAUGAGGAGUCCACAAGUUAAUAUUUGACAAGCGAAGGAAAAUUUUGGACGGCACAAUAUCCUUGAGCAACAGAAGAUGGGGGGCCAAGAAUCAACGAUGAAAUUAAGAGAUGAGCAAGAGCCGAAAUCAUUUGACGACAUCUCGUCCGCCGGAACACCAAGUACCAGUUCUCCGCAGUUUGCGUCUACCGACAUGUUAUACACUGCGGCGUCGGUACCAGAACUAAGAUCUAACCCCAUAAGACCUAAGGAGUUACUAAGAAACCUGCGGAAGUACCAUAAAGAAACAGUCCGCUUACCAGCCAGUGACACACAGUGGGCUAAACAACUUGUCUACAGCCAUACCCAGAAACUGCUCGAGUUUUGCAAGCGGGAGACUGGGGUUGUUCGUAACAUGGAGUACACUGGCUCUAUGUAUGAGAGACUGGAAACUAAGAAGAACAAUGAGUUUGAAGUUAUGGUUGUCUUGACGACGGGUUCCGAAGAUGUUUCAGUCGAAGAAGUUGUUCCAGGACUGUAUACCAAACUAAAAUUGAACACUGAACAAGCUGAUACGAAACUUGUCAAGUUUACAGACAACUUUGAUUAUCUGCGCCCUGAUAAGAUGCGAAACUUACUUGAAAAAGUCGCCCAGACAUGGACUGAAAGCUCAAAAAGAUUCUCCGAUGGAACGAGAGUGCGGACUCACAAGCAUGGAACAGCGGUUGAGAUGAUUAUCCGGGAUACUAAUAGAGGAGGCUCUGUAACCGCGCAGUUGGUACCUUGUGUAAAGAUCGAGGAUGACGCCGGAAUGUCGCGAUAUUUCGUGCCGUGCGCUUUUCAAGAAUACACAAAAUUCGAGUUGGAAAAUAAUACAGAGCGUGCGAUUUUGUGGCGGAAAUCCUUUUCGCUGCGUGAAAGAGAGUUGCUGUCCAGUUUAGACCGUUCCGGAAGUACUUGUCGUACGGAAUGUCUAAAAAUUCUCAAAUUCCUUUUCAAUUCCGACAGAAAGCUGCGCCCUUUUCAUUUCCAUCUGCUAAAAACAGCCUUUCUACACUAUCAUAGUCUUGAUCAAGACUGGCGCUCAGAUCAGCUUGGGGAGAGAUUCCUGGGCAUGUUGAGGUACAUUCGGGAGUGUAUCACGAAAAAAGAUUUGCCGCAUUACUUCGUUCCCCGCGUUAAUCUGAUGAAAGUGCUCAGUGUCUCGUCACGUAACAGCAUCGGGGCAAGACUGCAGCAGUUACUCACAGAUGAAAAACAGUUGUUCUAUGCAAUUUCGGGAUAGACUGCUGGGCACGAUUAAUGAAAUCUGUCAAUAUUUCAGAAUUUCAUCUAUGUAAAUAAUUACUGAAGAAUGAACACUUUUUGAAUACGCACAAACAAUUAACAAGUGACAAGGCACUUUUGUUUCACAAACUCCUACAAUUUUGUUCACCACUUGAUCUAAAUCAGUGAAAAUUGCUGUAAAGAAAGUGAUUUCCCGGAAAAGUAAGUAGUUUUGUAUUAGUCUUCGUAAUGUAUCACUUGGAGCACCAGAUAAUUACUUCAACGGUCUUUGCAAAUAAUCAAUUGCAAUUACCAUCCGUUUUAGAAAUCUAUAUGAGGCAAAGGAUUAUUUUAUUCACGCUGUAACCAAAAGAAUACAUUCUCUUGACUGUAACACAUAGAUUCACUGUUUUCAUGACAUUUUUGGCUUCUUUAUGCUUCUUGAUACAUUUUCUAGAAGCAAGACUCUAUUUAGACGACGUGCAAUUCCUCCUUUUCGCAGAAUUCCGACGCACCAGUCAAAAAUAAAUCAAUGCGCAAAUAUGGAUGUUAGAGGGCCGCCCAGAACCCUCAAAGAGUUCCGCGCGGCGCGCUAAGAUAUUUUGUCAGAGACUUUGUGAUUCGUGCGUGACACAUGUCAGAUGAUGAGUGUGAACAUCAUGUCAAGAGCUAGAAGCAGCGCCUUAAGUGAUUUUGGGACAUUGUCGGUUUACAUGAUCAACGCAACCUUGAAUGACCUUUUAAAUCAGUUCUUGGCAACAACCAAUUACAAUGUAGAGAAUAUCGUCUAAGAGAGUGAUUUCUUACAAAUUUUGCAGAGUAGCUUUUUACACACCCGUUGUAAAUAAGCGAAUACGAGAGUGGAAUAAAAUAGUUUGAUUGAG